CAUAACGCUAGAAAAAUAAAAUAAAUAAAAUAACUUUUUUGAAAUCAAAAAGUACACACAUACCCAUCGAAGUCGAGGGAAGACAGGAUAGGAGCAGAGCGUUUAGGCAGCCACACAUCAAUAUCCCAAUGGCAGCGACGGUUUAUGCGGCGGCAACAGCGUCCUCUUCCAUGGCAGCUACCACCGCCGCCUUCAUUCCGUCAGCCAGCAGAGCCACGCGCUGCUCGGUGUUGCCUUACCUCCCACCACGCUUAUCAUCCCACUCCUUCCGCCUUCCCAUCAAACAAGUCUCAGAGUCUCGCAGGCUGUCUCUCCUUCCGAGUAGAGCCUCUUCAUCAGAAGAAUCCCCAACCGUUGACCCAAGUGAGCUUUUCACAGACUUGAAGGAGAAGUGGGAUGCAGUUGAAAACAAGUCCACGGUGAUUCUCUAUGGAGGUGGGGCCAUAGUUGCUGUUUGGCUUUCAUCGAUUAUUGUGGGAGCAAUCAACUCAGUACCUUUGCUGCCCAAGAUCAUGGAGUUGGUUGGGCUUGGAUAUACUGGAUGGUUUGUCUACAGAUACCUUCUCUUCAAGUCAAGCAGAAAGGAACUAGCAACAGAUAUUGAAGAACUGAAGAAGAAGAUUGCUGAAUAGAAUCCACUUGAUUGAGCGGCAAACUUUUCUUCCAAUCCGGAUCUUUGUUUUAAUUCAGUACUUUUGCAUCACUGCUCUAAGACAUCUCGUAAUGUAGAUUACAGCCCUGUAUUAAUCACGCUCUUGUAUUUUCCCUGUUGUUCAUUGUAAUAAGGAUCAGUAUAGCUAUGCAGCAAUUACACUCUUGCGUAUAAACUCAUAACUAGCUUAUGCAUUUCACUUCUUCGUAAGGUAAUCAAUGAUCAAUCAUUGCAAUUA